AUGGAUCACACUAAUGAAAAGUUUGCAUGGUCUAUUGGUUUGAAGCUUAGAGUAAAGACAACUCUCAAUGAACAAUUUGAAGGAGAGAUUUUCAAUUAUGAUCCAUCUACAACUUGUCUAACUUUGAUUUGUGAUGAUGGUACAAUGAAUAUGGGAGGAAAAAGAAUUGUAAGAGUAUUAUUAGAAACAAGCAUUGCUGAAGCCAAUGUCAUUGGUGGCCCAUCCAACCACUUUAACGAAUUGCCACCAUUAAACAUCCAAAAUAUUAAUAAAAGACAAGAAAAGGCCCUCAAACAGGCUGAGAAUCAAGCAAGCAAGAUUGGUAUCGGUGUCACCGCAGAAGCUCAAGAAAUAUUUUAUGCACUUUCAAAGACAUUACCAUGUCAUUGGAAAGGAAAGAAUAUUAUUGUAUUGAAUGACAUUACAAUAGAUAGUCCCUAUAAUGUAGAAAAUUGUUCUGGUACUAGCUCACAUUCACUGGAAAGAGUAAAACAAAUUUUGGAUAAAGAAAGAAAAAAACUUGCUCUUAAUAAACAAAGACCUAAUACAAUACUACUAUUUAUUAAAUCAAUGUAA